UUUUGAGCGUGCCCUUUCUCUACAUUUGGUAGUCAUACAUUAUACAAUCACCAAGUUUAAACUCAAAUCCAUGUAUUGCAAUCCAUAUGUUGAUUUGACUGCUCUGAUGCUAUCAAUCAAACUCUGUAAACUCUUUGUUGUAUUCUGAAUCACAGACAUGUUCACGUUCAACAAACCAGUGAUUGCAAUCUCAGGAAUGCAACUGUUGUAGGCAUGUCAACUACCCAAUGCCAUAAUGUUUGGUUUGUACAAAAGAAGAGUCGGAGAUUGAGCAAGUGCCAAGGAUGUGGGAUCCAUUGAAGCUGUGAUAUGAUUAAAUAUUUGUUCAGUUCUUAGCGUUCCAUUCUGUGAAUACAGCUGUGACAUUAAUGACAACUAACAUUCACUCACACUCGAAGCGGAAAGGAAUUACAAAGACGCAUAGCCCAAGAGGCUUCAUCAUCACAAGGAUCUGUACCUUUGGCAACCGCAGCAACAUCCCGACAAAUUCCAUCACCAGUUUCAUUACCUAACCCUGAAGAACAACUAUCAACUGCUACACUUUUAGAUACCAAUGCUGGUACAACAGGAACAUUACCAAAGACACAAUCGCUAAAUAAAAACCACCACAAGAUGUUUUCCGGUCUAGUUGCACCAAACCAGCCACAUUCAGCUGCAAUACACUUUUAUUCUGGCGAGUUUCGUGGAAAACACAGUCCGACUUCUCCUAUCGACCCAAAUGCGUCUGAAAAUCGAUCUGAAGGAUCUAUGCUUGGCUCUAGACAGUUUUUUGUUGGUCAAUCACAAACAGACAGCGCAAUGCUACCAGACCGACAAUCUCCUUUUCCCACAGGUUCUGGUACGACAUCGCUUUUAAAACCAUUGUCUAAUGCUGCUGAUUAUUCUGGAGGUGGUGGUGAUUUAAAAAAAGCAUCUCAGGGACUACCAACCGACCGGAUCAAAACCUUUGCUACAACUACAGGUGCUUCAAAACCUGUUUCUGGAAGAGUACUGACUGGAGGACUAAGAGACCAAAUCAACCCUGCUUAUUUUUCAAAUCCUGCAACUGUUCCUGUUAAAUCACUGGACAAAUCUGAUGUCAUGCUAGAAUCAAUUGCCAACUCAUAUCUUGUUUUAGAUGAUAAUGCAAAGGAGAUUAGAAAAAGCGUCGCACCUGAUGACCCAUUCAACAAAUUUUGGGAAUCUGUCGAGAGAUUAGUUGGUGAGAUUUCACUGAGUGGACCUGUCGCGUUUGCUACUGCUCCACUCCAUGAUGGACAACGAUCUUUUCAAGGAAUUCCGGCUAAACCCUUACAGUCAUCACAGCAUAACUCGACUAUGCAAAAGACUUUUAUUCGCACUAUUGAAACCCAGGCUGACUCUUCUGAUACACAAAACAACACGGGGAUCAUGCAAUCAUAUUUACUAGUGUCACCAGAUAUGCCUUUUGAUUCUGAUGCAUCUGGCACUUUGAAUCAGACACAACAAGCAUUAAAGUAUCACGGACUUGUUGACACUCCCUUUAAUCAAAUCCAAGGAAAUACUGGGUCGUAUACAAAUGUUAGAUUGGAGGACGUUUGUAGCUCCAUUAGUGGGAAAAAAACGCUGGAGGAAUACCGCAUUGAGAAUAAUCAUCUCAAGCAAAUUGUAGAUAAACUCACACAACAAAUGGUUCAUUUUGAAAGAGCGGCAGAUGAGAAUACAAUUUUAAAAAGUAGCAUUCUUCAACUCCGUAGUGAUGUACAAAAACACGCCAAACGAUAUUAUUCUGGAACCAUGAAUGGAAAUAGCAUGUAUAGCUCGGUAAUGCAGAAUUUUGUCGGUGCAGGACUGUCUCAGGGAUCAUUGGGCAGUUCCCAGAAAUCUGCAGACUUGGCCAUGUCUGUGUCUCAGGAAUCUGAUUCAAAUUCGUCAACUAUGAUAAAAGGCCUUAAAGAUCGUAUAGCACAUUUGGAGAAUGAACUAACAGUUGUAAAAUCGGAACUAGAGCAGCAGAACCUCGUUAUUACCAAAUACAGAGAACGCUGGGAUAAACUAAAGGAAUCUACCAAAAAGAAAAAGGAAUCGAGAUCUUACACUGAUCUCAUGGCAAGAUCACUUGAACAGAAUUCUCACUCUGAUAAUUCGUUGCUAACCUCGACCAGCACACCUCUUGUAACCAAGCCAUCUUGUGUUGAUGUUGAGGGCAUUUCUAAGCCUAAUGCUGCCUUUGUGGAUGGGUUAUUGCAAUCUGAUUCUGUAGCCGAGUUGACUCUCAAAGCCAUAAAGUCAGAGCCUGCUCUUCAUGGAUCUGCUAGUUAUACUUUGCCUGAUGCACGGCCAUUCUCAGAUACAACUUUUUUAGCCCAUGAUAGUUCAACAGCUUUUCCAGACUAUACCACCUUAGAUCAUCACGGCAGUCUAUGUGAAUCAAACCAUGAACUAUCGGAUCAUAUAGCCCAAUCUUCCAUGACUGCACCUUCUUUAACUCAUCAGUCACUCUACUACUCGACUACAUUGGAUGGAGAUCAGUCGAAAUUUGACGAGCAACAAUGAGUAAAAAUUAAACUUUAGUUUUAGAAUGAACUUGUUUUUAAUUGGUC